AUUAGCCCUGUUCUUAUUUCUUGAUAAUGAUUGGCCGAGAGAAAAUGCAGAGGGGAGGUUCGAUAUUCGUGACAGCUUUGCUGGUGAGCUGCUGGGCGUUGACAGUUCGAGCUCUCAUCGAGACCAAGAGUUUCAUAAAGGUACCGAACGCGACGAAAAUUCCUCUAGACGCUUGCUUCAUCGACUCGCCAACGGUGAUCAUUGGGAACUUGGUGGCGCUCUGUGGAUCCAUGUGCAUCAACAACGACCAAUGCGAAUUUUUUUGCACAGACGAAACAACAAACCGAUGCUUCUUGUCACGUGCCGUUGUAAGUGCUCGCUACACAGAAGCGACCACUGCAACGGUUGCCAUAGACGCAUGCUAUUCAACACUGAAGAUACGUGACGUCAUUCGUCAGAGUGCAAAUGUCACUGCAUCGCCAUCGUAUGAUUCUACUACGGCUGUCGCUAAAGCCUUGGAUGGUUAUUAUUGUCCUGACGGAUCAACUGCCUGGGAAGUUUAUCUUUCCUCUCAAGGAGACAACCCCUAUUAUCAGAUUGAUUUUCUUGAACCGAUUAGGGUCAUCGAAACUCGGAUUGCCUUCAUUUAUCCCGGCUGGGCCUCGAACGUGCAGAUCUUCCUAGGAAAUUAUUCAGUAUUUUCUCAGAAUCCCACUUUUGCAUAUCGACCUGGAAUUCCUAGCACAAACUAUUUUAUUGAGUCCUUCCUGCCCAGCGAGCCUAUGGUGGGUCGAUACCUCACCGUCAUUGCUGAAGUUUCUAGCUGGUUUCUUGGCAUUGGGGAAAUUUACGUUUUGGUCUGACUGAUCAAAAAAAAAUCAUUACCGAAGCCUCAAAAUACAAAAAUAAAAGAGAA